AUGCAACGUCAGAACGCUGCAAUCAUCUUAGUAAGCAUUGCAUUGAUUUUUAGUGUCAAUGCAGAAGAUAAAUCCGACCUAGCAACAGACUGUGUGCCCUUUGAUGAUGUUUGCCAUCAAGAUCGUCCUUGCUGCGGCAAUUAUAAGUGCGACCUGACGGACACUUUGGGAAGAUUCGAGUGUCAGGAGAAAGUAAAAUUAGGCGACACAUGCAGGAACACCGACAACUGCGUUGACAUCUUGCACUCAGUCUGCACGAAUCAAAAGUGUCAAUGCAGACAAAGUAACGUCAGAGUUAGCGACUACAACUGUGCGCCGCUCUUGAAUACCUAUUGUUGGAAAAACGAGACCUGCGCGCCGGAGAAUUCACUGUGCAUUAAUAAUGAGUGUCAAUGCAAAGGCGGAUAUGUAGCGGAGGACGGCAAGUGUCUGCCAGGUGAGUCACACUUAACAUUGCGAGACACUAGAGUCAUUAAUCUGUCCUUGCAGUUGUAA